AUGUCGUUGGAGCCACCCACCUACCUCAGCUCCUUGCAGAACAACAUUCGAGCUCGGCCAAUUCCAUGGGAGGGCGCUGUCCGAGCGGGCAACAUCACCGAUGACCAUCUGAAGAAGAUCAAGGCGGUGGACAAGGUGCGCAAGGACCAGCGGCGCCAGACAAUAGAACAGGAUCUCGCUGGAUACACAGGUCUGCUGGCUGGGGGUGCACAGGGCAAGAGUGUCUUGGACUCGGCCGCCAGGAGGACCGAUAUUGUGCAGUAUAUCCUGGUGCUCGCCUCGGACUUGAUUCAAGACGUGCCCUCUUUGGCCGAUUCCCUCAUCUCUCAUCCAGAACCCUACAAGCCAUUCCUCCCGUUCCUGCAGCACUCGACAAAUGCCGAAGACCCAAUCCCUCUGCUCACAUCUACUUUCCUCAUUGCUCUUGUGUCGCAUAGCCUUGUGGCUACUUCGAAGCCCGCACUCCGGGACAAUGAAGCUCUUCCGCAGCUAUACACUUAUCUCUCUACCUUAACCAAGAACCAAGAUAGUGGGCUCCAGGACAUUGGUGUCCAAGGAUUCUCGGACUUGCUCAGGACAAGUCAAGCUCGGGAGAUCUUCUGGAAUCAAAGAGAAGAAACGCUAGACCCCUUGAUCGACACUCUUCGGUCUGCAGCCGGGGGCAAAGAAAAUGCUAGCUCACUGGGAGGUAAUAGUCGUAUCGAGCCUGGUCUCGCCGGUGGUGUUGGUCUCCAGCUUCUUUACCGAGUGCUUCUAGUUGUAUGGCAGCUUGCUUUCGAAGGUCCUCUUGUUGGCGAAGAACUUCAAGAAAACUAUGAAAUUAUUCAACUCUACACCCAGCUUCUGCGCCUCUCACCGAAAGAGAAGACGACUCGCCUUCUUCUUGCAACCCUGCUCAACCUUUUCUCAAGCAACCGGACUACCCUGCUACCCGUCGCCGUGUUCGUUCGCCUUCCAGCCCUCCUAACCAACCUGGCCGGCCGUCAUUUGACCGACCCCGACCUGCUCGAGGAUCUCACAGCUCUGUCUUCCAUGCUGGAGGAAUACACCAAGACACAAACGACCUUUGAUCAAUACGCCGCCGAAGUUCAGUCGGGCCAUCUGCGCUGGUCGCCUCCACACAAGAACCCAACUUUCUGGAAAGAUAACGCCCGCCGCAUUGUCGAGGAGUCAAACGGCGCUUUGCCCAAGAAGCUGGCUGAGAUUCUUUCUAAGAGCUGGGACAACGAUAAGCAGGUGCUGGCUAUCGCUUGCAACGACGUUGGUAGUCUCGUUAAAGAGGUUCCGGAACGCCGCACGCAGUUGGAGCGACUGGGCUUGAAGACACGGGUGAUGGAACUGAUGGCUGAUAAAGAUGAGACGAGACCAAACUGCGGCCGCUGCCAAACAGCAGGCGAACAAUGUCAAUAUGCGAUGCAGCUGCAGUGGGGAGGACGGGCAUUCUCGCGAUCGCGCUUCGGGGCCUGCGUCGGGACAGGCGGAAUGGAAAGACUUGAAUAUUCACCAGGAGAGUUCAUCUACACCACCAAAGCGGCCAAGGCGGCGCAGGCGCGGGCAUCAGCCAGCACCGGUUCAGAUCUCACUCUGUCGCAACCCGUCGACCCUUUCUCGUCCCUUUCCUCCGAUCAAAAGGCCUUGCUACACCAUUUCAUCAACGAUGCUUCCCAGAUUACCGCGUGCCACUCCGGCAUGCAGCAAGAUAUAUGUCGAAUGCUGGUGCCUAUGGCCCUGCAGACUCCCUCCUUACUCUACGCCACCACCGCUCUCUCGGCGAUCCAUAUCCAAGCCCUACAUAAUCAAUCGGAGACUGUGAAGACUGCGCCGGAUAUUGCCCGUUUGAUGGCGCUCAGUCUGGAGCAUUUCCGAACAGAGUUACAAAAUCCUUCGUCGAAGGGCUCCGAGGCGCUGGUGGCGACGGCCCGGACGCUAUGUCUGGCUGAGAUUCAUUCUGGGGCGAUCAACCCGAAUUCGUGGAGGGCACAUAUUGAUGGGGCGAGGGCGUUGAUGAGGGCUUCUGAUGCUGCUGGUGAGGACUCGCUUCGGUCUGCGAGCGGGUUCCGCCGGUAUCUAGAUCGCUGGUACUGGUCGAUUGUAUCGCUAACGGCUUUGACGGGGAAUGGGCCACCGAUUGGAGAUAUGUCGGACUUUGCGUCUUCUGAUUUGAUGGGCUAUGGGCAUUCUCCGGAUUAUCUAGAUGACUAUUGGGGGUUUACCGUCGACCUUGCUGCUGUCUUCCGGCAGAUUGGCGCUGCUGCCUGGCGGAGCCAUGAGGUUGAGAAGGCUACUCAGGGUUUCGUUGCAGGGGAGAUUGACAGCAGUGUCGAGGAUGAUGCUGCAUCCCUGGAAUUCGCAGUCCGGCAACUCAUGAAUCGUGACUCAAGUUCACAGCCCUCAUUUUACCCCGGUGCUGCACAAGGGUUAUCGCCGGAGAGUGCACAGCAGCUUCUCCUCUGUAAUGAGGCUUUCCAGCAUAGUGCACUCAUCCAGAUUCAUCGGCGACUUCGGAAGACACCCACUACAUCGCCAGAAGUGCAGCAGUCGGUCCGGCGCAUCCUGGAAUGUACAGCACAGAUCGGGCCGUCGUCAGGUCUCUCGCCUUGGGUUAUGUUGACGACGCCGAUCUUCAUUGCGGGCUGUGAGGCGCGCGGUCAAGAUCGGGACACUGUCAGGCAACUGCUAUCUUCCUUGCACGAUACCAUUCGUGUUCCCAAUGUUCUUCAGUCGUUGAAGUUCUUGGAGCAGUACUGGGCUGAUAAGCUUAAUGAAGAGGAGGAUUGGAAUCAAUUCCUUGACCGGAUGCAGUUUGAUUUCAUCCCUUAUUAA